UUCAAUUUCAAAUCUAUACGAGGGGUUAGAUCGAGUAGUGAGUAUGGAGAUUCUCUUCUUUCUCAUUUCAUCCCUGCUGCUUUUUACAAAUCAUCAGCAGCUCCACUGUUCGGCGGUGGCAACGCACAAAUUGGAAUACCCAUAUUCGUUUAUGACAGUAGAUGCUGGAAAGGCAGCUGCAAGAACAUAUGAUUAUAUUGUGGUUGGAGGAGGUGCAGCAGGGUGUCCUCUGGCUGCAACUCUGUCACAGCAUUAUUCUGUUCUGCUAGUGGAAAGGGGAGACUCUCCCUAUGGAAAUCCUGACGUUCAAGACAUUAAAGGCGUAUUCAAGGCUUUUGGGGAUCCAAGUGAGUUCCCUUACGUCAUGCAGGGAUUUGUCUCAGAAGAGGGAGUGCAGUUGGUAAGGGGAAGAGUUCUGGGUGGUAGCACAGCCAUCAACGCUGCUUUCUACAGCAGGGCAAGCUCGGAAUUCAUUCGAGAGAUGGAGUGGGAUGAGAAGCUUGUAAAUGAGUCGUAUGAAUGGGUAGAGAAGAUGAAUGCCUUUGAACCAGACAAGAUUUUCCGAUGGAACUCUGCUUUCAAGGAUGCGCUUUUGGAAGCUGGAGUGUUUCCUUACAAUGGGUAUACUCUGGAUCAUUUGGAGGGCACCAAGAUUGGCGCUUCAACCAUUGACAACGAGGGAAGGAGACACACAGCUGCGGAUCUCCUGCAAUAUGCAAAUCCAGAUAACAUUGUGGUUCUUCUGAAUGCUACAGCCACCAGAAUCCUCUUUGAUUCCUCAUCAGGAAUGUUGAAGGCUAGUGGUGUUGAGAUACAGAGUGGUGGUGAUGAAAUCAUUUAUCAAGUAUUUAUCAGCCACUUGUCACAUUGGAGUGAAGUAAUUUUGUCAGCAGGAGCUAUAGGUAGCCCCCAACUUCUAUUAUUAAGUGGAAUUGGCCCAUCAGAACAUCUUGAUGAAUUGAAUAUUACUGUAUUAUUAGAUGUAAAAUUAGUAGGAAAAAGGAUUCAGGAUCCGCCACGCACAUCAAUCAUUCUAGAAUCCCCUGAACCGCUUGAUUUUGAACAAGCACAAAUAGUGGGCAUAAUAGAUAAUUCCCAAGUCAUCAUUGAGGCUGCUAGCUUUUUUAAACAACAAAAUGCUAGUAAAUAUCAAUAUAUAGGAGGUAUGUUUAGCAAGGUAGCUUUUCCCUUAUCAAGGGGUGAGCUCCGACUUAGUAGUAAAAAUCCUCAAGAUAACCCCUUUGUAAGAUAUAAUUACUUUUCUCAUCCUUUUGAUGUACAAGAGUGUAUUCUUGCUGUAAAGGUAUUCUCAAAUCUUACCAUGACAACUUCCAUUCAAGAAUUUACCUUUAGUGGUAGUGGAAACUCCAAAAUGCUUCAAUUCAUAGGGCCAGAAUUGCCACAAAAUAAAAUAGAAGAUGAUGCCUUGGAAAAGUUUUGCAAAGAUACAGUAACAACUUUUUGGCAUUACCAUGGAGGGUGUGAAGUUAAUUAUGUGAUUGACAAAACGUUACGUGUGAAAGGUGUUGAUAAUCUAAGGGUCGUAGAUAAUUCAAUUUUCAAGGAUAUCCCUGGGACCAAUCCACAAGCCACUACUAUGAUGCUUGGAAGGUAUACAGGUGUGCACAUCCUUCAAGAGCGUCUAAACAUUUGUCAAUAUUAGACCAUUUUCAAGUCAUUGUAAAAUAAAAUAUUGUACACUUAUUAUUUAAUUUUCAUGAUUGUCAUAUGGAAUGAUAUCAUUUAUAUUAAUUAAUUUUCCACUUAAUGAUAA